AUGGAGCCAGGCAGGACUCAGAUAAGGCUCGAUCCCAGGUACACGACAGAUCUUCUGGAGAUACUGAAAACCAAUUACAGCAUUCCCUCUUCCUGCUUCUCUUACCCUCCCACUGCACCCCAGCUUUUGAGAGCAUUGGGCCCUAUGGAUAUUUCCCUCAUGGUCAUCAUGACCUUGCUUGUCCUGGCCUCAAUAGCCAUCUUCCUGGAGGCUGCUGUCUACCUGCACAAGAACACUCGCUGCCCUAUCAAGAGGAAGACCCUGAUCUGGUGCAGCUCUUCACCCACGAUAGUGUCCGCAUUCUCCUGCUUUGGUCUCUGGAUUCCUCGUGCCCUCACACUUGUGGAAAUGGCCAUAACUACGUUUUACGCGAUGUGCUUUUACCUGGUGAUGCAGGCCAUGGUAGAAGGCUUUGGUGGGAAGGAGGCAGUGUUGAGGACACUGAAGGACACCCCGGUGAUGAUCCAUACAGGCCCCUGCUGCUGCUGCUGCCCCUGCUGCCCCCGAAUCAAGAUCACCAGGAAGAGACUUCAGCUGUUGCUGCUGGGCCCCAUCCAGUAUGCCUUCUUCAAGAUAUCACUGAGCCUGGUGGGCCUGUUUCUCAUCCCUGAUGGCAUCUUUGACCCAUCAGACAUUUCUGAGAGGAGCACAGCUCUAUGGAUCAACACUUUCCUCGGUGUGUCCACCCUGUUGGCUCUGUGGAGCAUAGGCAUCAUUUUUCGUCAAGCCAGGCUGCACCUGGGCGAGCAGAACAUAGGAGCCAAAUUUGUUCUGUUCCAGGUACUCCUUAUUCUGUCUGCUCUGCAGCCAUCCAUCUUCUCAGUCUUGGCCAAUGGCGGGCAGAUUGCUUGUUCGCCUCCCUUUUCUUCUAAAAUCAGGUCUCAAGUGAUGAACUGCCACCUCCUCAUCCUCGAGAGUUUUCUGAUCACUGUGCUGACACGAAUAUACUACCGAAGGAAAGAUGACAAGCUUGGAUAUGAACCUUUCUCUUCUCCAGACCAGGACUUAAACCUCAAAGCCUGA